GGAGCCCCAGGGGCCCCAAGCUCGGCUCCCCACCCUGAAGACAAGCAGAGCCUUKAAAUACAAACAAGAGGCCGCUAUAGCUCAUCAUGAACAGGAGAGGCUCACACCCGAAGAAGGAUAUAAAACCGACCAAAUAUCGUYGCGAUAUAUGAAAAGUUAACUUUGCUCCAGGUUGAGUGCGUGGGGGACGAGGGGCACCCAAAAAGCGAUGUGUCCGUUCAUGGUCUAGAUAGCUUGCAAAACGCGUGCUGAACGAUUCUCAAAAAAUACAGUUCCUACCUGGUCUAUCAGAGCGAAUUGAAGGCAUUAGUAAAUAGUGUAACGUUGCAGAGUAAUGGAAGAGAAAGAGACCGGGGAGAGCGAGCCUGUGGUCCUUCCGUGUGCUGAGCAGGCAGAUUCUCUCUCAUUAAUAAUAAGCGGAGAGGAGGAAGCGACGCAAGAGCAGAGUGACUUGGGACACUGUUCAGGAGAGAAGGACGGUCUGACCAAUGGCCAGGUGGGCGAUGAUGACGAGGAAGAGAUGGUGACCCCCCUUUGGUCCCCAGGCACCAGCUACUGGAGUGUCACCGAGGGUCCGGACUCCCCCUUCCUCCUUUCUCCCAUCCCGGGCCCCUCUGGACGCAAAGAGAAGGUCCAAUGCGCCUCCCGACCCGGCCUCAGCCGCAUCCCGGGCAGGGAUCAUCGGCGCUAUUACCACGAYUACUGGCGCAGCGAGUUCCUGAUGGACUUUGACCCCCGUCGCCACGGCAUGAUCUGCAUGGUGUGUGGGAGCUCGCUGGCCACGCUCAAACUCAGUACCAUCAAGAGGCAUAUUAGACAGAAGCACCCGGACUCUCUGCUGUGGAGCGCGGCCGACAAGGAGGUGAUCCGUUCGGGCUGGGAAAGCCACCUGYGUCUGGAGGGGGGCCAGAGGCUGUACUGUCCGGCCGGAGGGGUGGCCGCCAUCUCCCAGGGACAGGAGGAGGAGCUGCUGGACUGUGCUCGCCACUCCACCGGAAAACCUGGUGGUAUGGUGUCCCCCAAACURCAGCCCCGGUCCACGACCCCAUCACCCCCUCCCUCAGUCCCCCUCCAGCAGGAGGAGCUCCCCGGGCCCUCUGCCAAGACCCUGGAGCGCUACCUGAACGACUCGCUCCACGCCUGGUUCCGACAGGAGUUCCUCAUGGAGUACCAGGCGGAGGCGGGCAGGCUGGUUUGCAUGGUGUGCGGCCGUCCGCUGCCCUCGCUCCACCUGGACCACAUCAAGAGCCACGUGCUUGACAUCCACCCCCAGUCGCUGGUCUACAGCUCGGAGGAGAAGCACUGCAUCCUGCAGACCUGGGCCCAGACACAUGAAUCCAACCCUCUAAACGACUUCAUCAAAUCUGAGCCCAACACCAAAGACGAGAGAGAUGCUGGGGUGGACUUCUCUGAUGAGCUGGAGACCAUUCAGAUCGGCUCAGACACGUAUGCAGAGGACAACGAUGAGGCGUUAUCAGAGAUACAGGACAUGGUUGAUAGCGGUGAUGGCGUUGGUGGAGCUCCAGAGAUGACCACUCCCAUACCCCCUCUCCCUCUCCACCAACCCAGGAAGAGGCGUCUCCGUGGGGGCUUCCCCUGGCGGCUGCGCCUGGACUACAUGGUGGCCUACGGACCCCAGGGUCGUGGCACCUUCUGCAUGGUGUGCUCCCAGGCCCUGCCCAUGGCCAAGGUGAGCAGCUUCCGCCGCCACAUCCAGGAAUGCCACCCUGAGACCACCAGCCUGGCCCGGGAGGAGAGAGAGGCCAUGGCCGAGGCCUGGACCAAAGAGGCUCCCACGGAAGACAACCCUGCCGUGCAGAUGAAAGAAGAAGUGGACCCCAGUGACAUUGUCAGCCUCCCUGUGGCGGGAGAGAUGGCCGACAACAACAACAACAACAGGACCACCAAGAUGGCCACCCCCAAGGCCGUAAAGAAGGAGGAGGGGGUCGCCACCAUGCCUGCSACUCCGGGGCGCCACGGCCACUACCCGGGCAAGGACCAGCGGCGGAACUACCAGGUGCGCUGGAGGAUGGAGUUUCUGAUGGACUAUGACUGCCGGAGACACGGGUUGAUCUGUAUGGUGUGCGGGGCGACYUUAGCCACUCUCAAAGUCAGCACCAUCAAGAGACACAUCCAACAGGUUCACCCUCAUUCUCUGGUGUAUGGCCCCAACGAGAGACAGCAGGCCCUGCUCAGCUACAACCAGACUGCCCUGCACUUCGUCCACUCGGAUGACUGUUUCUCCUCACAAGACCACGGACACACGGCACUCGGACAGARGACCGCUGGCCUCUUUGUCCGCUAGGACGAGGGGCGCCAGGCAUGGUUGUUCUCUGUCCACCCCACUUUCCUUUCCAAGUCUCUCUUUCUSAGGAAGAUAGAAACAAGGCUUGGUAGAGCUCUGUCAUGAGUUGUGCAGUGACUGGCACAGUUGGUGAUUGUUUCAGCGAGCAUACAAUAUAGCACUUCCUGUCCCAAAAAUGUACUAAAACCUAGAUUUGGGUGUGUAGGUGAUUGAAUGAGAGGGUGUUUGAGGRGUAUUGCUAAAGACAAUGAACAACACUUAAAGAUGUGAUCAUCUUUAGUGACUCAAUUACAUCCCGUUAUUUAAAAAGGAAAUUCCUUGUUUACAAUGAGGUAAAUAGGCGUCCUCCAGAGAUUUGUCUCAUUCUUGAAUUAGAAGAUCUCAUCUUCCUUGUCUUUUCCAGUGUCACAGCACUAUUGUUACAAUGGCCCACAGCACUAUUGUUACAAUGGCCCACAGCACUAUUGUUACAAUGGCCCACAGCUAUUUCUGAUUCUCUUAUUAGCAACAAAAAAAAGCUGCACACACAAAAAUCUAUGUAAAUAGUGUUGAAUAUUUGAAUUAUUAUGAUUUUCUUUUACAAGCACUUUUACACGUGGUUUUUACAAAAAGGUUUGUAAUUACGGCCAUUUUUUCUACUUCACUGAUAAAAUGAAACGAUGCCACGUGAAUGUCAUUUUGCAUGGGAAUUCUGAAGUCAUGCAUGAUUGUGGAGGGAUUGCCUUCUACAGCUGAGGCACUUAGUUUAUGAGAGRAUUCUAGCUUUAUUUAUAGAAGAUUUCACAUGUACGGCUUCCAUUUCAAUAACUCACAUAUUACAAGGUUUAUGCAACAAUGAACAACAAUUAACUACAUUAAAAAAAAAAUGACAACAGCAUCAGGAAAUAAAUCACCAAAUUAACCACCUCUGAAAUGACCCCCUCACUCGCCCUUAUUUCAGUGACCUCUGAAAUAUCACUCCACCAGGAAAAAUAACAACUCAGGGAUUGUCUGUUUUUCAUCUGUGCUCGCUUGUUAGCUUGUCAAAAUUAGCACAUACAUUGGUUGUCAUUCAUUUCAACUGUAGUUAAAAUGGUCCUAUCGGAUUCCAACAACAGUGAAAGGAAAGUUGUCCAGUGCACAGCUGGAACAAACGACAGGCAACAAAAGAGAGUGAACGACAAACUACACUUACUAUGACAACAGUUUACAACCCAUGGACUUAACUGUCUCAUUCAAAGAACCAAAUGGCAGCAUUUGUCCAGUUAUGUGGAGAGGAAGGGACAUCAGUGUUGAAUAUCACUUCCUCUAACCUAAGCUGCCUGUGUUGCUGACUUCGGUUGUGUGAAAACGUUACUAACUUUCAAAUCUUUGCUUUCUCUGUCCUUGUUUCCUCAAUUACUCUCAAAGUGCAUUGCAGGUCCAAGGGGGGGGGGCCUUCGAUCUUCUCUAAUGCGCUUUGAGAGUUGAGGAAACAAGGACGGAGGAAGAAAGGAUUUGACAGWUGUUUUCAGACACUGCCCUAGUUGACGCAGUGGUCAUUUUUGCAUGCAGGGGAUGGGCAAGGAGAGGUGAAAUAAUUCCAUCUGGGCUUGGAGCGGCCACAGAAUCAGGUUGUAAUAAGCUUUGUGACUCAGCACUUAAAAAUGUUUUUUUUAAAAAUAGGACUUAAAUAUGGCAAAGUGAUUGAAUAAGAAUACACCUUGUCUAUUGCAAUGAUUUACAUGUAUGUUUGUGUCAGUGUGUGUAUAGGGGGCACAUUAAAAAUACCCUUUGGUGGUACUUUGUUAGCUUGGGUGAGGACACAAGCAAAACAUUUUUUUUUACGGGACUGAUUUCAUGGUCUUCCCUCAAUUAUUUCAAGUACCCGCUCUGUAUUCAACCUGUACUUGGCAAAAGGUUGAUAUGCAUUCUGUCCUCAAAUGAGCCUUGUAAUAAAAAAAMGAUGUGGAUAAUAUUGUUUGACUGGUUAUCUGGGAAAUGUAGAAAACAUUUUGGUAAAACUGACUACUUCAACGGUCAUUUGUAGACACAGCUGGUGAGAACCUAAAGCAAUACUGUGAAUGAAUGCAUGAAUACCUGAUUGGGUUUACCAUGGCUAUUACAGUAUACAGUAUAAUCCUCUGAUCAAACCAGUCAUAUUACCUUCCAUAUGUGCAGACUGGACCCAAUCUUCUCUUUCAAAAUUAUUUUUAAUCUUGACUCCAUUUAAUCCCAACGGUUCAGACAUGCUGAAAUGUUUACUCUUCAAAACGUUUUAGAGCAUACCACAGAUGGACAAACAAAUCACCCAAAAUCUUGUCCUUGACAUUUUUUAUUUAUUCCACUUUGACAUCAGUACAGGGAUCACAAUUUUUUAUAGCUCCAAAAUGUGAACUAGUCAAUGAUAACUAUCAGAUCUGAGAUGUUGGUUACCAAUACAGUCAAAAGCAAAACAAAAGAAUGCCAAAGAGAAGAAAAAAAAA